AUGAUCUGGAUCGUGCCGGCCUAUUCACACGCUCCCAAUUCGGCGAUCCGUGGCAUGCUUCCCAUACCACAAGACGAUACCCGGCGAGUGUCGUACAGCUUACGUCUACAACAAAAAGGAACACCCCACGCCGCCUCGCGAGACAAGCUGUCUGUAAAAUUUUCCAUUACCAUGGACUUCGCUAAGCUCAAUGGUAACAUCAAUCCGGCGGAUGUCUUCGGCAAGAUCAACUACUCGGAUAAUGGAAUGUGUGACGAGUCGUGGACCGACAUUCCCGGUGGCUGCAAGAUCAAAUUCCGAUGCCAUGGUAACAAGAAGGGCACUACGCCUGCCAUGGCCAACCCGCUCAAGGAGAUCGGCACCGGAUAUCCCGACAUGAUAAAGCACGAGAACGUCAACGAACGAAUAUGGGGUCCGUGCAAGAGCGGUAGGGACUCAUGCGUUGGUGGAUAUGUGGACCACUUUGUCGACUACACGUGGGUCCCGCAGGCGCUUAGCAUUGUCGUUCCAGACACCAACGACGCCGACCAGGGAGAGCUCAACUACGAGAUUGACUGCUCGGCUAGCGAGAAGUGUGAUUUAUGCAAGGGCCUCACCUUCGGCGCUGGUGUUGGUGUGUGGGUUGCAGGUAUCUUUGCGCCCCCGCUUGGUAUCGUAGCAAAUGCCAUUGCUCAGUCCGCAAUAGGCUCUUGCAUGGCAAAUGGAUGCUAG